AUGCCUACGACUUUUUGUGCCCAAAAGUGUGGAGUUUAUGAGCUAGUUGCACUUGAGUUGCUCCAGCAGCAGAAAUCUCGUCUUGCACCACAGAUCGAUGCUGCAAUGAGCGCCGACCAAUCUCCGCGAUAUAACCAGCAGAAUGAUGAGAAAGGUAUCCUGGUGACGUCGCCUACGUCGUAUGCGCUACGUGAGUCUAUUCGCCACUCUUCAUCUUCUGCGGAGACGAGUACACCAUCACUACGUGCGACACAGAGCACUGGUCGUUUACCGCGCUCUUCGUCACGCAGUAGCAUUUUUACUCGACCGUCGCCAUUGCCACCCCCACAAUGCCCACCACAGAUUUCUGCAGUCUUUACUGACGGCAGCACGCACGAAUCACCUCGUCGUUUGUCAAACCCGAGCUUAGACACGACGAAUGAGCAAAGUCUUGAAGGAAACGGUCACUUGGGCCAUUCACUUGGCCCUAACUCGACGCCUCUCGGAGCGAAUCAGCAGCUGCAUAAUACGAUGACGUCCUAUGGAACCUCAACUGGCAACAGCUUUAAUCCUGCUGCCUCAUCUGGGUAUGGAGGUGGUACUGAUUUUAGUCAGACAGUGUCAGUAAAUAGCCGUCGUUCUGUCUCAAGACGCAGUCUCUUUAGCCGCGAGACGUUCAUGCUGACGCGCGGGGAAAAGGAUUCGCGAAUGACAGUCCCAGAGGGAACUCCUACUGAGAUUAAAUGUGAAGGGUAUCUUACGAAGCGAGGACAUUUGUUUACAAAUUGGAAAACACGCUACUUUACUCUACGCGGUAACGUGCUGGAGUAUUAUUCGAGUGAAGAAAAAGGCAAAAAAUACGGGGCUGUAACGGUUGAGAAGGUAGCUACGUGGUCGGGUGAAGCACACGGAUUUAUGUUUUAUACUACAAAGCAAAUUCCCUACUACGUAUACGCAUCGUCCGAAUCGGAGCGCUCGAGAUGGUUACGUGCGUUGAAAGAUUUUAUGGUAGAGACUGAGGAAGUGAGCUGUGAAGGAUACUUGACAAAGCGCGGUCACCUCGUCCCAAGCCAGCGGAUGGCGUACUAUGUGUUGAACGGCACAUCGCUGCGCCAUUAUGCGGAUCAACAGGCGUAUCGUGACAAUCAGUCAGCGAUGGCAGAAGUAGAAAUACGGUCGGUCUCAUCAUGGGACGGUGAGCCAAAUGGUCUUAUGUUCAUGACAGGCACGGGUAAUGUAUUUUACGUAAUUGCAGACACUCUUGGUGAACAGCAGAAAUGGCUGGCGACAGUAAAGAAGUCGACAGCUAGCAUUCCCGAGCCGGUAUCAUGUGCCGGAUAUUUGACAAAACAGGGCCACAAGCGCAAAAGCUGGAAGAAGCGCUAUUUUAUACUCCGUGGCAAUUCGAUCUCGUACUACUCUGAUUAUGACAUGGCAAACAACGCGAAAGGCAAACCCUUAGCUGAAGUGCUGGUUGAAGACGUGCAAAAGUGGGAUGGUGAACCGUUUGGCUUCAUGUUCAUGACCAAUGAGCAGGUGCCAUACUAUGUGUAUGCCGAUAACGAUCGUGAGCGUAACAAGUGGAUGAACGCUUUGAACAAGCUGAACAUUGUAGAGGAGGAGCCCGAAAUUGAGAAGAAACGGUGCCCGAAUUGUAAUGCAGUUCUUACUGGCUCUCGCUUCUGCGGAGCAUGUGGCUUCAACUUGCGUGGAACCACCCAGGGCGAGCGUUCUACACGUGCACAGUCAAUUAAUGGCGAAGGGGAUGAUGACAUUGAUGGGCGCGACGACAUAGAGGACGAAAUGACACCGUUCGAUGAACUUGAAGCGCUAUCUGAGGGUGCCAGGACAUUGCUGCUUGCUGUGAUGCAGACGCCGGACGGUGUUGACAUUGGUGAAAGGGAGAGCGCAUACCCCAAACGCAUGACGAGAGGUUCUUCGCAGCAAGCGCUGGCGCAGCCUGACGACAAUAAUACUUUAUCUAAGUUUGAUCAGGAUAUUGCGGACGCUCUCGUCGAAGUGCAAGCCGACAAGAAACCGUCGUUAGCGUACGUGGACUCCGACAACGAUGAUGCCAAGGUUGCUUUGGACGACGCAAAAUUGACACCUCCUUCACCGGUGCGACGACCAACCGAAGAGUCCAGCACUGAUGCGGGGCCUUUGAACUUGUCACCGCAUAGCUCUAGAGAAGCGUUAUCACCAGUGACAGCUCCGCCACCGCCGCUAAUAGCUAAAAGAGAAACGCUGAAGCCUAAUUUUGGCAUUGUAGAACCCGAGCCUAAAAGGAACAGUUUCACCUCAUUUAGUGACUCUGAAGAAGAGUCUAAGGCGGAACCAAAGCCUACUCCCGUGCCUGUUCGCACAUCAUCACGAUCUUCAGCAGGCUUGCUCAUGGCUGGUAUGGGUCGCCGUAAAACAACUGCAAUGUUAGCAAUGGAGUCGAGUAGUGAUGAGAGCGAUGAUGAUACAGAGCUACCGACAAAGCCGCCCUCCGGCGCGUGUAAUAAGGAUGAGAACAAGUUAAAUAACUCUGAUAAGGAAGAGGACAGGACAACUAUUGACGCAACCGAGAGGCACGAGCGUAAGAGUUCUGCCGACUCGUUGGAGCUGGACACUCGUGGUAUUUCCGCCUUCGACGAACCCGAAGAGCUACCAAAGCUCAAACAUUCUGCGAAUCCGUCGGUCCGGAUGAGUGAACGCACUGACAAAAAAGAUAUUUACAAUUUCAUGGAGAGAGAACUGAAUUUCACGCCUCAGUUUGUGCCAUCGGCUGAGUCUCCUGUGCGUUGCCGGUUCUACAGCUCGAUGGCGUACGCAACAGCAAAGAAGGUGAUUUUGUUCCUGUCCGAUUCAGGUCCUCUUGGCCUUUGGAAGCAGGAUCCGGAGAACGCAAAGCUGACGAUUGAUCACAAGUGGUCGAUGACGCCAUACUUCAGCCGUGCUCAAGAAGACGGCUUUGGAAUUGUAGUGUGCAACCCGUUUUCCAAUACGGCUGUUGUGUAUGAGGCUGGAGGUUUUGAGCGCGAGGUUCCUAUUCCAAACUCUUCCUCACCUAAGGAACAUGUUCUUUUUGUGUGGGAUCAAUUUAUUACGAAGUGCAAGGGCCAAGUGUCAAUAAUUGCGUAUGCACGCGGUGGUGCGCUUGUGAAGUCUAUUCUGAAGACGUACGAGCUGAGCGCACGUGAAAAGAUCCACCGCAUUGCGUUGAUUGAGUCAAAGCACGAAAUCGAUCACAGUGAAUCCCCUGGCAUUUUAGAACUUCUUGGUCGCAGAUCAAUCAACUGGGAGGCGUCUUACGAGCCGCUUGGUGCUCAGAUCGUGGAUUCGCAAGCGCGCGUGAACUGUGUGUGUCUGUCCUUGGGCUUCAUGCCAUCACAAGAAGCGGAUAACACGCCGAAGACGCUAGAGAAGGCUGAGGAUCCUGCAUUUGCGUUUAUUGGCGCCAAUCCGAACCAAGCUGGCAUGACUGCUGUUGUCAAGCAUGUUCGGUCGGAAUUGAGAAGGCUAAAGACAGCUUCGAAGCCUGUCGGUCGUACGCGGAGGCAGUCUAACAUAAUCGUGAUUGGAGAAACUGAUGGUGAUGAGUCAAGCGAUGUGUCUGGUGGUGCUGACGAAGGCAAGAAUGGAAACAAAACUAAUGGUAAUGGCGUUGAUAAUGACAGCAAGAUUAAGGCCACGUACUAUCUUCCGAAACCAGUGCCAAAACCCAAGCGUAAUGCCGCCUCUAGCGGCAUAAGUGGUGAUAAGCAGCAGCGGCAGAUUUCUGACAAGGACUUUGAGCUGAUGAAAGUUGACUGGGUCACUUUCUCGCCCAGCUUCUCGGACGCUGCGAUUUCGCUCAUCAAUGGGCUGCUAACGCGCGACCCGAUGAUGCGUCUUGGUAGUGGUCCGCGUGGUGCUGACGAAGUGCUGACGCACCCAUUUUUCGAUAGCAUUGACUGGCCGGAGCUGCUAGAUCGCAAGAUGCAGCCACCGUUUAACCCGGGUGUGGGCAAGAUGGACACACAUUACGCGCCACGCAACAUGAACGAUAUUACCGCACGUGAUCGGGAACCAAGUGUCAUGAUGGCAAAGACCGACCGUCCAAAUGAUUUCGACGGGUUUAGCUUUGUUGGUCGGCCUUCAUCUUUGUCAAAUGUGUGA